UUCUUACAUGUGCGGCGGUGUUUGUCUACAAUCUCCGUUUAAGUUUGAAUUAAAAUAAAAUUACUGUGAAUUGUGAAAAAAUGAACACUUAUUUAUGGGAGUUCGCGCAAAAACUGCCCAGUGAAAACUUGUUUCAAGUCAUACUAAAAUCGGCUUUAUCAGUCGCAGCAUCAUAUCAUGCUGAUGUAGGUAAAACGAACAAUAAGUGGAUGUGCCAUAAAUGCAAAACACUGUGGAUGCACGGCUACUUUCACGUAGACGAAGUGGCAGGAACUGAUCGAUACGACAAAAUCAUUGAAAAGUAUCAGAACAAAACUAUUCGAUCGAAGAAGCAGCAAGCAUACCUUGAUUAUCUCACAAGUCGCAAGCAUACAACAGUUAAAUACACAUGUAAGCUGUGUUCCAAUCAAACACGUAUUACCACCGACAAAUCCUGCCAUAAACCGAAUGCUUCAACAUCGAAUCUGGAUGUGGUAUGCCCUCCAGUGAUCGUCAGUAGCAAGAAAAAGAAGCGCAAGAAAGAUCCAACCGCAGGACUAACCAUCUCGCUAGAAACAAAAAGAAGUGUUCCGAAUGUUACCAAGAAGAACAAAAAGCUGUUCUCGUUUAGCUCCAAAGAGCCUAGUAAAUUAAAUGCCUUGGCUAAUAUGUUGAAGAAAAAAUCUGAAGGGCUGUCAUCAGCUGGGUCUUCUUCGGCCCAGGAACGAUUGAAACUGUUACUUAAGUAGGUAAUAACUAAUGUUUUAAUUAAAUAGGACCUAAUGCAAAAAUAAUAAUCACUGAUUUAGCAUACUUUUCAGUGGAAAAAUAGGAAAUAUUGGGAGGAUAGUGUAGGUAAUCGAUAGCACAUAGUAACAGUAGCGUGAGAUUGUAACAAUACAUGUCAAAUAAAGCGUGAGGGUAACUUGAGUAUCAUAGAA